UGUACAUGUUGUUUCUACAUGAGAAAAAUUGAGGAAUGAACAAAAGUUGUCGUUGUUGUUUACAUUUAAACCCGGCGUUUUAAAAUGCCAGAACCACUUUGGGAAAUUGCAAUACAGCAAAAUAGGACUAAGUCAGUACAAAUAGGCACAGAAAAUACAUUAAUUUUUGCUGGGAACAAAGGAUCAGGGAAAAGUACAAUUAUCAACCGAUUUCUCGAAAAAGAUGAAACCCCUAAGUCUACUCUAGCUCUUGACUAUACUUUUGGACGGAAAGGUGCAGGGAAUUAUCAUACUCGAGUUGUGUCGCAUAUAUGGGAGCUAGGGGGUGGUGUAAAACUUUCAGAUCUAAUCGGUGUUGUAAUGACACCCAAUAACAUUUUGAAUCUUCACCUUAUUUUAGUUAUUGAUCUAUCCAAACCAGAGGAACUUUGGGAUACGGUGGAGACUUUGUUGAAGUCAGCUUCUGCCCGCGUUGAUCAGAUUCUAAACCGUCUACACCAAAAAAACAUAACGCGCAUCCAAAAUAUUUUUAGUGAAAAGUCUAGAAACCGAAUUUCAUCAACACAUCCUGACACAGAACUAUUGAAUCCCUUUCCUUUGCCCCUCACAUUCUUGGGGACAAAACAUGACCUUUUGAUGACCCGAGACGCUGAACAGCAGAAUCUAAUUUGCAAAACAAUCCGCUUUCUCAGCCACUAUUACGGAGCAUCUAUUUAUUUUUCCUCCACUAAAGAAGAUGGGGUACUUAAAAGGAUAAGAGCUGUUCUCAAUCACAUCGCUUUCAAUGGCAAGGACUUAUCCAACGUCCAGAUGGAAACAGGAAAGCCGUUGGCUAUCCCAGUUGGUGUCGACUCAUUCUCAAAUAUCGGUAAUCAUUACUUGGUCAGCUUUGUAAUUUUUUGGUUACUAAGCGUUUGCAAAUGUGUCUUGGUACGAAAACCAAAUGAACAACUGUCGUAAGAAAUAAAAUGCCAAUAAUUGAUUUCAUUCCAUGUCAAAUGUUUAUGAUACUGGUUGAUUGUAUUCAUACUAAAAACCCCUUAGAUAUUGUACCGCUAAAAUAGAAAUUCUGUGAAAUUUCAGUCCAUAUUGAUUAGUGGUGAGGCUAUGAUUUAUGGACGACCUUUUGUUACGCCAGUGACCCUGAAACAAACAAUUAUUAAGCUGGCCUCAAAUGUAAAACAAAAAUCGAACAGAAAUUAUGAGUACAAACAGAUUGAAAAUGAUGUAUCACAGAUUUCAUGAAUAAACAAGGUAAAAGUAUAAUAUGCCAAUGACUUUGGGUUACUUAUCAGCUACUCAGGAAACAUGGUCUAGUUAUAAAACAAUUAACGAUGCAAAGUAAUGAAAUAACAGUGGAAUAACAGCUUUAUCGUAAUAAUUAACGCUCACAAGUCAAAUUAUGCCUCCUAGUGAAGACAAAAGGGCAGAUUUACAUAUACACAUACAUACCAGAAGUUGGUCUGGUAUUUUGAGUUGGGAUCACCCUAUAGAGUUCUCUUCAUCAACUGGCAUCAGUUAUAGUGCAAAGAGGUUAGGGUUAUGUAUUAAGAGUUAAACAUGACUUUUUUGGGGGUUACAAAUCGGAGUUAACGUUUUCGAUACAAACUGACACCAGCUAUAAUGUAAUGCCUUGCCACCUUUCUGUGUACAAACUCGAGAAAUUUUGGGGUUGAGAUUUAGAGUGGAAGUAGGAAAGGGGGAACACUAUCUAGAUUCACUAAAUACUUAGUUACUCAGUGAACGACACUAAGUACUUUGACGCAAUCUGUGAUGUAAUUUAGCUCAAGCAUGCUUAUUGGAAUCAGACAAUGGUAGUUUUUCUCGACUUAAAGGCAGCAUUUAACUCUGUAGAUCGAGGGGUUCUGUGGCAGUGUUUAUCUUUGAAAGGUGUGUCUCAGAAGUACAUAAACCUUGUGAA